UAUCAGCAAUCAACUUCUUGCCAACACAUUAGGAGCACUGUGCAAUCUAUGCCAGGAGAAAUAUGUCCUAGGUGGUGCUGUACUCACUGAUGGGGGUAUGGGAGUUAUUCUGCCCCUCACAAGAGUGCCGGAUGGUAAGAUAGCAGAAAAAGCUCUGGAAGUCCUGAUUAAUCUAGGAAAACAGCAGAGUCUGAGGGAAAAGGUUGCAAGUUUGGGAGGCUUGCAGUGUUUGAUAGAUAUAUGCCAAAGUUAUAUAUCUGGUGCUGACCAUGCCAUGGAUGAACAGGUGUUAGAGAAAUGUUUGCUGACACUGAAUAACCUGUUGUAUGGAAAUGCAGCCAACAAGAAGAUGUUUACUGACUUGAAGGGUAUCCCAGCACUGCUGCAGUUGGAGUCUUCUCUAGAUGACGGGAGUGUUAAGACCAAGCUGAUGCAGGUCCUUCGAACCUUUACAGGCAGUGCCAACCUAAGGCAGCAAAGUGGGGACAGAAGAGUGGGAAGAGCCAGGGAAAGAAUAAAAAGGAAUACUGAUGAAAAAGAUCAAACAGCCCUACUUGACAUUUGCCUUGCAUCUCCGUCAUCACUUGGGGAAGAAAGAGGGCGCAGCAGUAGCAGGAGUGGGCGGAGUUGUAGCAGAGAAAGACCAAUCAGGAGAGGGAGGGGAAGUGACAGUGAUCUUGAGAGAAAGCCAGCUCUGGGAUCCCUAUCCAGAAAUAGGCUGUUACAGGAGAGUUCCAGUGAUGAUGAGAUAUAUGACUCUGCAGCCAGGACCUAUUCCUCAGGAGAAGAGGCUGGAGGACUGCCAGUUAUUGCAUUGCCAGACCCUAGCAAACCGGUGAAUACUGCUACCUUGUAUGAGCUCAGUGAAAAGAACUAUUAUAUAUUAGGUCAGAAAGUCUCCUUCAAGCAAGAUGAUCUUCAUGAGUUGAGGAGUACUAGAGACGUGAAAAAAGUGAUGUUUAAAACUGUUGAGAAACUAAUCUGUGGUUUUAUGAAUCAAGGAAAAGGGGGCCAUAUUUACUUUGGCAUCGACACAAACAGCCUGGUGCAGGGAAUCAGGAUAUCCCGCGAUGAGAGAGACCGUCUGCGCGUCGGACUGGAUGACAUCAUGAAGAGGUUCACGCCCGUAGUGAGCCACGCCAUGUUUGAGGUGCUGUAUUCUCAGGUGGUUCAGUCAGACGGCCAUGAUAACCCACAGACACGGAAACCAGUGAAAGACUUCUGUGUCAUAGAGUUGAGACUGUCCAAAGCUGGGGAUAUCUUUCUGACCUCAGACGAGAGGUGUUUUUUGAGGGUAGAAGGGAAAACCAAGUCUUUAUACACACAGGAAAUCCGUGAACUGAUUGUAUCCAGAGAAGAAAGGAAAUUCAAGGCCGAGAUGGAGCGACUUCUAGAACUUGGCAGAACUUUGAGAAUGCACUUGGGUUUCUCGGAGGCCAGUGGAGGUCAAUGUCCAUAAGCCAGUUAACCUGUUAGAACUGCUAUCUGUUGUAUGUGUCCCAAGAUUGAUGCGAUCAAGGGAUGACUUGUU